AUGGCGGUCGACGCCCCAUCAUCAGAAGUGCUUCACGCGCGCUACGCGGACAGCGACGACGAAGAAGAGGCAGUACAUCAUGAACCCUCCUUGCACGCGCAGGCUCUAGCGUCCGAAGGCGCGGCGGGUGCGGGGGCGGCGACGAGCGUCACCGCCGCCAACCCGGCGGCCGCUGCCGAUGCAGACGGCCCCGCGGACGCCGCUGGUGCAGCCGCUGAUGCCGAGGAGGUGCUGGAAGAUGAUGGGUAUGGCGACGACGACGACUUUGACGAGGAGGACGGCUGGAGCGACGACGACGGCGACGUUGGCGCCGCAUUGGAUUGGGCGGAGUCGCGUGAAGGCCACAUGCUUCGGGGCCACGCCGCCCAGGCCGCGUUCCACAGCGGCGCCCCCCGCGGCCCCAACGCCAACGGCGGCGCCGCACGCGCGUCCGCCGCCGGCGCCGCCACCGGCGGCGCCCAGCUGCAGCCGCGCGCGGGCGGCGGGAACCUCCAGAAGCUGGAGAGCCGCUUCUGCGUCCGCGACGACCCAUUGGACGGCCUCGGCGGCCUCCAGCUGUCGGCCAGCGUUUCGAACGCGGUCCGCGGCGCCGCGAACAAGGCGGCCGCCGCGCGCGUGCGCGCGGGGGACAAGUCGGACCGCGCGACCGUCGAGCAGGCGAUCGACCCGCGGACGCGCAUGGUGCUGUUCAAGAUGCUCAACCGCGGGGUUUUCAGGGAGAUCCACGGCUGCAUAUCCACCGGCAAGGAGGCUAAUGUCUACCAGGCCACGGGCGGCCCCGCGCCCUACCCAGAUCUGGCCAUCAAGAUCUACAAGACCAGCAUCUUGGUCUUCAAGGACCGCGACCGCUACGUCACUGGUGACUACCGCUUCAGGGCGGGCUACUGCCGGUCAAAUCCCCGGAAGAUGGUCAAGGUGUGGGCUGAGAAGGAGAUGCGCAACCUGGCGCGGCUGCGGGCAGCAGGCAUCCGCGCGCCUGCGCCGCUGCUGCUGCGCAUGCACGUGCUGGUGAUGGAGUUUGUGGGGGACGACGGCGUCGCCGCGCCCAGGCUCAAGGACGCCAACCUGCCCCUGCAGCGGCUGUGCUCCGCGUAUGGCGAGCUGGUCAGCAUCCUGCGCACCCUGUACCAGCGCUGCCGCCUGGUGCACGCUGACCUCAGCGAGUACAACAUCCUGGUGCACAAGGGCGAGCUCGUCAUCAUCGACGUGUCCCAGUCAGUCGACCUGGACCACCCCAAAGCCCUGGAUUUUCUGAGGGAGGACGCCCGCCACGUCAACGACUUCUUCCGCCGCGCCGGCGUCGCGGUGCUGUCCACGCGCGAGCUGUUUGACUUUGUGGUCGACGCCAGCAUCACGCCGGAGACCGAGGGCGAGGCGCUGGCGGCGCUGCAGCAGCUGGCCGCCAGGGGCGGCGUGCUGCUGCGACGCGGUGAAUUGCUCUUUUGA